GAGAGAUGGCAGCAGAUGAAGUAUGUCCUAUGAAAGGUGGGGAUGGCCCCAAUAGCUAUGCCAAGAACUCCACAUACCAGAAAGCAGCGGUGGAUGCUGCAAAAGAACUUGUAAGCAAGGCAAUUGCAGAAAAUCUUGACCUAGAAUUCUUGUUAGCUUCCAGCAGUACUUUUCAUAUUGCGGAUUUGGGUUGCUCUAUUGGACCAAAUACAUUUUGGGCAGUUGACAACAUUCUUGAAGCUGUGAAAUUGAAAAUUCAAGGGAUGAAAAAGUCUCCCAUGACCCUUGAAUUUCAAGUUUUCUUCAAUGAUCAUGCCCCUAAUGACUUCAACAUGCUCUUCAAAUCACUCCCUAUGAAUAGGCAAUAUUAUGCUGCUGGUGUGCCAGGUUCGUUCUAUGGUCGCAUUUUUCCUAAAAAUUCAUUUCACUUUGUUCACUCUCUACUGCCAUUCACUGGCUCUCUAGAGUGCCAAAAGCUGUAGUGGACAGAACCUCUCCUGCUUGGAAUAAAGGAAAAAUCCAAUUCUCUUAUUCCUCGGAUGAAGUUAUAAGGGCUUUUGAAGCUCAAUUUGCUGAGGACAUGGAGUGCUUCCUGAAUGCGAGGGCACAUGAAAUUGUGCAUGGAGGACUCAUGGCACUUAUUGUUCCAGGCCGACCCGAUGGUACCCCUCAUUCAAAAUCUUCACUGAAUGUGAUCUAUCACAUUUUAGGAUCUUGCCUCAUGGAAAUGGCAAGGAAGGGAGUAGUUAGUGAAGAG